UUCCAGAGCUUUCCUUCAAUUAAAUUGACUUCUCAACACUAAAUUCUUAUUUUCAGUAACACCUUCAGUCAUUUCACGCAGUUCACUGCUUUGUUCCGUUUCAAACGUUCCGUUAUUUAUUUUCUAAAAAAAGGCAGGGAUGAAAACGGAAACAACGACGGACGAAUAGGUUUGUCACGCGUUCUUAAUGUCAAGUUUUAUUCAUUUAACUGAAACCUAAAUCGAAUAUUCUCGUUACUGAAGUUCAAGUGUAGUGACCUAUUUCGUUAAUAAUAUAAACCCGCUAUGUUCACUCAGUCUUCUUUUGAUGACAGCGAAGGUGAUGAUGCUUUGUCGGAUGAUAACAUUUCAGUUUAUUCAAACUCUAGCAUCAUCAGCCUAUCGAAUCAUCGUACCGAGGCCUACAAAGUAAUAACAAUUGACGAUGUGUUUUGUCAAAUGAACGAUCAAAUCAAAAACAUUAGCGAUGUGAUGAACAUUCCGGCAACAUCCGCAAGAAUCGUUUUAGAUCAUUUCAAUUGGCAGUCUGACAGACUCACAGAGAAAUUUGUUGCUGCCGUCUCUGAACAGGAACGUGAUGCAUUUUUUCGCGAUGCGAAAAUAUUAAAUCCGAGGUUCAACGAUCGCAGAAGACAUGAUAAUAUCGUCGGUGACUGCUUAAUUUGCUUCGAUAAGGGACAGAGAACAACUGGUUUACUAUGCGGUCACAAGUUUUGUCGAAAUUGUUGGAAUCAGUAUUUAACAAUGAAAAUUGUUGAAUACGGAGCGCAAAGAAUUGCAUGUCCAGACUCCAAGUGCACCAUUAUCGUAGAAGAUGGGAUUGUGAAAGGCCUUAUAUCGGAUCCGAAUGUCAUUCAAAAAUAUAAUCGAUCCAUUUGCAACAAUUACGUUAAGUUCAAGGCGAAUUUGAGUUGGUGCACUUCGCCGGGAUGCAAUUAUGUGAUCGAUUCGAUCGACUGUUUGACGAUAUUUGUGACUUGCAAAUGUGGAAAUCAAUUUUGUUUUGAAUGUCACGAACAGAGCCAUUCUCCAAUAUCUUGUCAAUACCUGUUAAAAUGGAAGGAUGAUGACUCUAUUACUCAAUCGUAUUUAUCCGUUAACACUAAGCCUUGUCCAAGCUGUAAGAGUAGCAUUGAAAAAAAUGGAGGAUGUCCCCACAUGAUAUGUUUCAGUUGUAAGCAUGAGUUUUGCUGGAAAUGCAUGGUUUCAUGGCACAGACAUGCGGCAACAUAUCAAUGUAACACUCCGGAUGAUGACAUAAGAUUGCGCAAAACUCGCACUCGAUUACAGAGGCUGAAUUAUUGUUGGGAUCGAUAUGCUUACAAUCGUCAGACGUGGAAAGACGAAAUUGAUCGUUUCGACUUUGCUUGGGAACAGUUUGAGCACAGAUUAUCGCUGAAAGCUGCACUGAACCACAUUUUCGAGUGCCGACGUUUUCUUAUGUAUUCGUACGCAUAUGUCUAUUAUUUGAAGGAGAGUAACGAAGUCUACAUUUUGGAAACAAAUUUGGACUUCAUCGAAGGUGCAGUGGACGCAGUGUCCGUGUUGUUAGAAAAUUACAUUCGACUCAAAGAGAAUGACGUAAAUUUCUUGAGUAAGGAAGCACCGUUUCGAACCGAAAUUAUAAAUAAAACUACACAUUGUGAUGCGUUAAGGCAGAAAUGGCUGAAAAACAUUGAAGAUGGUAAAGCCAGUAACACUUAUUUGUAUCGUGAAUAACAGAAUCAGAUCUCCUUUUGUUUAACAUCAUUUUCUUUGAAUCAUUGAAUCGCAGUUUUGAGUUUAAUAAAAUACUAGAUUCAAUCAACA